AUGAGGGAAGAACAACUCCGGGCGACCUGCAGUCAUGACUUCCUCGUCAUCCAUACGAAAGACAGCAACAGCUUUGUGCUCGAUGUCACAUACGCGCAAUUCGGAUUCGAUAGAUACCUAUAUCCUCUGGAAGAAUACUUUUCCUCGAAUCUCAAACCGGAAACCUGGGCACAGAUCGACCUCUUUCACCAGAUGCCAUUCGAAGAUAAGCGCAGACGUGUGUUCCGGAACCGAGAAGGAACACUGCUAGAAGUCAUCGUCGACAACCUAAUCUCAUGUAUCGCAUCAAGCAGUAUCGAAGAGAUUGAAGGCUGGACAACGGAACAAUUUGAGGGCCUCAUCAGGAUGGCAGAAAUACAGUACUACCCCGGCGUAGGGGAAGUACAUACGUAG